AUGUCAUUUGAUAUAAGCUUAUCGAGGCCCAGCGAAGUUUCCAUAAACUUGAAAUUAUUUAAAAAAUUUCAUUUUUUUCAUCUUUUUGAUCCAAAAACCAAAAAAAUUUGCAAUUUUAAUGUUUACCAUCUAGCUUGGUACAUCAUAAAUUGCAUUAUUGGCUGUACAAUAAUUUUUGGAUUGAUGGGUUAUUUAACUGAGAUGGAAGAUGACGUAUUCAAUGUCGCUAAUGACAUACAAUCAAUGUUUAGUUGCUUAAUUUAUUCUGUAGAUUUACUUAAAAUAAUUACAUUUUUAUACAAAGCAAAUAAGGUUUGGGAUUUACUCGAAGUUACUGAUAUAAAUUUUCUGACGAGCACACAAUGUCAAAAACAUAAAGGAAUUCUACAUAAAUAUCGCAAAAAAUCAAUAAAAAUUACAAAUAUUAUGUGUAUGCUUGGAAUAAUGAAUGCCAUCCUAUAUACCAUGUAUCCUUUAGUUCUGAUGUUAUUACGGAAAGAAAACGCAAACCAAUCAAAUCGACGACUUGAGAAUAUUCUCAACUUUCGGUUCCCGGUGACCGUAAAUUACUAUAAUAAUAAUUACGUUCUAUUUUAUAUUAUGGAGUCAUGUAUUGUAAUGUUUCUGUUAUACAUGCACAUAGUGAGUGAAGUCUUCUUUAUUUCUCUCUGCUUUGUUAUGAUUGCUCAAUAUGAGAUGAUCAAAAGGGCUUACGAAAAUUUCAACGGUGAACUGAUUUGUGAAAAUAAUAAUAGUAAAAAAAAAAAUGAAUACAAGGUAAACUAUUGUUUUGAUGAUUUAGUAUCAAUUAUGAAGAAUCAACAAAAACAAUUCAAGAAGUUAAAAUUAUUUCAUUCAACGUAUAAGUUUAUAAUUGUAUCAAAUGUCGUGGCAUAUUCAGGAUCUAUCAUUAUUUUAACAUAUGCAUCUGCUGUGAUAUUUAAGUCAUCGGAAUCUAUACCAGUUCUUGUUGUAAUCAAGUUGAUAUCAUCAUUUGUAAACGUGUUUAUUAUUUUACUUAUCAUUUGCUAUUUAUUGGAACGCAUUAAUAAUAAUUUAGAAUCCGUUCAAUUUGGGAUGUAUAGUUGUAAUUGGACUUCGAUGAAUUUAAGAUCGAAAAAAAUAUUGUUGUUAUCAAUGCAGUUGAAUAACGCUAAUGAAUUGAUGAUUAAAAUAACACGGAUAAAAAUUAUCAACCUACAAUUUUUUAACAGCGUGAUGAUCACAUGCUAUAACAUCCUCUCAGCUAUGUUGAAUAUAAGUUCCAAUUAA